UCAGCUUCCCCUUCCUAAAAUAUCCAUCGUACAAAUCCAAGCAAGGAGACAUUUGGCUCCCUCACUAGCUUCCACUGGAAGUUGCAAGCGACAGCACAACCAAACCACCAACAAGGCUAUCCCAUCUCAUCGAAUCGAAUCGAGAAAGGAGUGUGGGAAAUGGGCAACCUCUGGACGAUCCUCACUCACCUCCACUCAAUUGCAGGGCCAAUCGUCAUGCUCCUGUACCCCUUGUAUGCAUCGGUGCAGGCGAUGGAGAGCCCGUCGAAGCUGGACGACGAGCAGUGGCUCGCCUACUGGAUCCUCUACUCCUUCAUCACCCUCAUGGAGAUGGUCCUUGAGUCCCUCAUCUACUGGAUCCCGAUUUGGUACCACCUUAAGCUGUUGUUCAUCGCGUGGCUGGUGCUCCCGAACUUCAGGGGCGCCGCGUUCAUCUACGACAAAUUCGUGCGCGAGCAGCUCCGGAAGCACGGACUAACGACUGCUGGAUCCAGCAGCAAGAAGGAUGACAAGUCAUCGUCGCCUUCGUCCAAGGACAAGGAGAAUGCCAAGAGCAAGUUCCUCGGCUUCAGCACCCCCAAGAAGGAUCAUGAAGCUUCCUGAACAUUCAAUGAUGUGAUCCGAACAACUUGUAGUGUAGAGUUUUCACUUCUGUUUGUUCCUGUCCCUGUCCCUGAACUUCACACGGAGCAGUUUCCUGUAUGACCUUUCUGUAUUUGACAGCAUCAACGGAAUGGAGAGAAGAGUUUUCUUCCCAUGUUGAGCUAUGGUUUCAGUUGGUCCUGUAAAUGCAUUUCAGAUCAGUGUUGAAUGAGAUUCAAAGACCAGACAAUAAAUCAUACGUUGUUCUGGGAUUUACUUUUC